UUCAUCCUGCCACAGACACCAAAGUGUCCGCAGGUUUGAGACGGCAGCUCUCUUCUGCUUCUGGGCCCUCUCUGUGAAGAACGCUAGAAAACCAGAGUGUUCUCUGCUUGUGUCUUCCACGGUCUGUCCUGCUUUCCCUGAUUGCCCUGCCAUCUGUUUCUGUCUUUGUCUCUGCACAGCUUUCCAUUCAUGGCCACCGUCUCGACGCUGCUCUCUGAGCUCAACACAGUGCCAGCGCCAGCGUCUGCGUCUGUUGCAUCUGCAAUACCGUCGUUCGCAACGCCAGUGAAAGAGGUCACUACGAUCGAUCUUUUCCGGCCUUUUACGUGGACGUUCUGGCUCAUCGGGCGGCUCCUCAGCAGCCUGUUUUACUACUCGCUGUUCUUGCUGCAGCAGGUGGUGUACUCGAUUCUCUCGAGGACUUUCCAGAUCACCUUUUCUGCAUACUCGAUUGUCUUCUUUCUGCUGCUGAUCUCCACCCCGCUCUACGCGUACAUCCGCUACACAUACCUCACGGUCUACUCGAGGCUUCCGAAAGACUCGAAACGGCAGAACCCGAUUCUCGACACGUUUUUGAACUCCAACAACGGGAACGACACGGGCCACGUCAAAUCGUAUCUCGACGAGUUCUUGACCGCCAUCAAGAUAUUUGGCUACCUCGACAAGCCCGUAUUCCACGAGUUGACAAAGUCGUUACAGACCCAGAAAAUCGACUCGGGCGAAAUCAUAUUUUUAGACCAGUGUCAGGGGUUUUCCAUCUGUGUCGAAGGCGAGAUCCAGGUCUACUCUAAAAUUGACAAAGGCUCCUCGACUAGGAACCAGGGCAACCCAUUGUUUGCCCGGAGCGACGACAACAACAAUGUUGUCGUCGUCGACGGUGUGAAGUACCAGUUGUUGAACAUUAUCAAAAGCGGAGCGCCCUUGUCCUCCUUCAUCCAGGUGUUGAACUUGUUGACGGACUCGCAGCUGACCUUAUCGAGCAUCGCCCCAACUCCAAACAUCAACCCGCAGAGACAGCUACCUUCUAUACCUCUGGACAAUUUCUCCUUGGAUACAGGCGCAAAACUGCCGAACAGUCCUGCAAUGCCGGGAAGCAACAACAACAAUAUCAACAGCAGCAGAACUCACUCUCCCAAUCAAUUUGAGUCCACCCCAGGUCUUAUUGCCAUUCCGAAAGGCAGUUGCACCAUCUCCAUGAUACCUAAAGAGUCGUUCACAAGAAUAGCUGCAAAAUUCCCAAAGGAAACCUCUCAUAUCAUCCAGAUGAUUCUGACAAAACUCUACCGUGUUACCUUCCAAACGGCACACAACUUCUUAGACUUGACUCCAAGUAUUUACCAAACUGAGAUCAACAUGAAUCAGUAUAAAGGUUCUUCAGACAAAAAAUUACCAAGGUACUUGCACAGCCUUGCCAUACAAUACAUCGAAAGAGCAAGCUCAGAUGAAGAGGCAAUUGACAGCAAAAACAAACCAAUACAUCAUAACGUCAGACAAAAGCGCAAGAUGAAAAGUUCCGGUCUCAGAAUGGCCCACAAUUAUCCAGAAUCUAGUGGCUUUAUCUCCAACUCAUCUUCCUCCGCCGGAGCAUUCCUCCCUCUCGACUCUGAAGAGAGAACAAAAUCUAAAAGAAGUGGGGUUGCCAAGUUCAACUAUGAUUCCCCCGCCUCAGCCACAUCUGGGUAUUUGGACUUGUUAACAUCAGAUGGUGACGACAGUGUUUUGUCCGGUGAUACAUCGACGAGGAUGAAGUCUGUUCUGCAAAAAAAUACCAUGAUGAAGGCCAAAUCCCGUCAUUUUGUUCUAGACAACAGAACCAUUUCAAACCCCGGUGAUUUGCUUUCAAAUGUUCCUUUGCCUAGAAACUCGGAUGUUGAUUUCAAAACGAAAAUGUCGAAACUUGAGAUGGAAGAGUUGAAAGACAGAACUUUCAGCGCCGAUGAUGAAGAAACUGAAGAGUCAACAUUACGGAUAGCUCUUGCCGAAAGAAUAUCCACAUUAAUUGGGUUAGAUAAAAGUAACUUCCCUGUUAACCGAUCAAACAGUGUGGGGAAUAAUACUGUCACUAGCUCAAUAUUGAAUUCGCCAUUGUUGAGCACAACGAGCACUCCAACGGGUAUCAGAUUCGUUACUCCAGUCACCGAGAAAGUUCCUCAAUCGAGAAUGAACAAAAUUCGUUCAUAUUCAACAACAAGCAUGGAUAAUAGCGCAUAUAAUGGCAUGGAUGAUUCAAGCUCCAUCAAUUCGGAUGUUUACAGAUCCUUCAAUAAUUAUGAAAACGUAAAACGUGAAUUUGCAAGCGACCUGAAACUAUUUAAAGUUCCGAAAGGUACUAAAAUCAUUAAAUCCAAAGAGCAAACUGCAGGUAUUUAUUAUGUGAUAGAUGGAGCUUUUGACGUUUCCUUUUGGAAAAAAGAAAGUGAUUUCAUUGGCACUUACCUUGAUGACCCUGAAAACGAUACAAAUAAAAAAGAAAAUUACAUUGAGGAAUAUUUGCAUACGGUAGGAGAAGGCGAAAUCGUAGGUUAUUUGGGCACCUUAAUCGGCUCAAAAUCAUUUGUUGAUGUCACUGCAAGCAAAAAUUCGUAUGUCGCCUUCCUUUCCCGCGAGUUCUUCGAGUUCUUGACAGAACGAUACCCUUGGCUACAACUUGGCAUUGCCCAACUGUUAUUGAAAGUUUUGGAUAAAAAACUUUACUUGACGGACUAUGCACUUGAAUGGGUACACUCAUCUGCCGGGGACGUUCUGUACAGACAAGCAGAUCCUGCUAAUGGUAUCUACAUAGUGCUAAAUGGCCGACUCAGAGCUCUUUCGCGUAACAAGGAGAGAUCAGACUACAUGAUUAUGGGUGAAUAUGGUCAAGGUGAAUCAAUGGGAGAAAUAGAGGUGUUGACAAAAAGUAAAAGGUUGAACACCGUUGUCUCAAUCAGAGAUAGUGAACUUGCAAGAAUACCGCGUACGUUGUUUGAAAUUAUAGCCUUGAGUAAUCCUUCCAUCAUGGUCAAUAUCUCUAGAAUUGUUGCAAACAGAGUGAAGAUGGACGGUGUACUUGUUGCAUCACAUGCAAAUCAAUCAGCGACCGCUGCAACCAGAAUCAGAGAUGAGCCCAUGGUUCAAAAUUUUAAUAACUUCAGAACCUUGACCCUUUUACCUACCGCCCAUGGUACUAUUCCACUGGUAGAAUUUGCUGAACAAUUGGCAAAUGCGUUAGAAAAGGUUGGUAAGAGUGUAAAAAUUCUCAACCAAAGUGCAGCAUUGAGUAGUUUGGGCAAGUAUGCUUUUGAUAAAUUGGCUAAACUGAAACAAGGAGGCUAUUUUUCGGAGUUGGAAGAAAAGUACGAUAUUGUCAUUUAUUUGUGUGAUGCUGUUGUGAAUUCAAGUUGGACGACCACGUGUAUUCAGCAAGGUGAUUGUGUGCUCUUACUAGCUGAUGCCAGCUUGUCUCCCGAUGUCGGUGAAUAUGAGCGCUUAUUGGUCAAAACAAAGACAACAGCUAGAACAGAAUUAAUUUUGCUCCAUCCUGAAAAGUAUGUCGAGCCAGGAUCCACUCAUAAGUGGCUGAAAAAUAGAAUUUGGGUUCAUUCACACCAUCACAUUCAAAUGCAAUGUUUUAAUGAUCAUCAUAAUACCAGUUCUAGUAAAACAUUCUUUGGUCAAAUUGAUAAUUUAACACUCUUCAGUAAAAAGUUCAUGUUCAAAAUGGAAAAUAUUGUCUCCAAUAAUGAAUUCCUACAGUUUUUGAAACAAACCAAAGAAGAUUUCAAAUCGACUAAAUAUUACCAGCCUUUGCAAGAACACAAGGAUGACUUUAUGAGGUUAGCAAGAAUUUUAACUGGGCAAGCCAUAGGCUUAGUCUUGGGUGGUGGUGGAGCCAGAGGUUUAAGUCAUGUCGGUAUCAUCAAAGCUUUAGAGGACAAUGGAAUACCUGUUGACAUUAUUGGUGGUACUUCUAUUGGUGCUUUUGUUGGGGGAUUAUAUGCCAAAGAUUACGAUUUUGUUCCUGUGUAUGGACGUGCCAAAACUUUUGCAGGUAGAAUGUCAUCAGUUUGGAGGUCUUUGUGGGAUCUCACCAUCCCACUAACGUCUUACCUUACCGGACAUGAAUUUAACAGAGGAAUUUGGAAAGCAUUUGGAGAUUCACGUAUUGAAGAUUUUUGGAUUAAAUACUAUGCCAACUCUACAAACUUGACAGAUUCAGUGAUGGAAAUACACACCAGUGGUUAUGCAUGGAGGUACAUUCGAGCUUCAAUGACAUUAGCAUCUCUUUUGCCUCCAAUUACUGAUGAUGGUAAUAUGUUAUUGGACGGUGGAUACAUUGAUAACUUGACUGUCACAGAAAUGCAAAGACGUGGGUCGAAGCAUAUUAUUGCAGUGGAUGUAGGUUCGGUAGAUGACCGAAGUCCUAUGGAAUAUGGGAACACACUAAGUGGUUGGUGGGUUCUGCUGAACCGCAUCAAUCCGUUCAGCGCACAUGCUAAUGUACCAACCAUGGCUGACAUCCAAAUGAGGUUGGCUUAUGUUGCAAGUGUCAACGCAUUAGAGAGAGCUAAAAAUAGUAAAGGUUGCUCUUAUCUCAGACCUCCAAUUGAGCCGUACGCUACCCUGGCAUUUGGUAAAUUCAAUGAGAUUUACGACGUGGGUUUAAAGUACGGUGACGAGCAGAUUAAAGAGAUUUUGAAAGAAUGGAACGUUGGUGUUAAAAGGAAACAAUUUCUGCCUGGAAGGAGAAGUAGAAGAAGAUACUCUUUGUAAGCCAUGCCAAUAUGGGCGUUAGUUGUCGCAUAUUGUAGUCUAUAGAAACAAACAUUUGUUCUAGAUAUUUAAUUUAAUGUACUUUAAGAUUCUACCGAUUAGGAA